UGGGGCUGGAGUAGAUGACACCACCGGUGGUCCCUUCCAGCCUUACCAUCCUGUGAUUCUGUGAUUUAAAAGUAUGACUGGAGCAAUUAUUAAAGCAAUACUAAAACAGAGUUAGCCAUGGCAUGGCCGAUGCCUUAAUUAAAGUUUAACAGCAAACCUUUAUGAGCAAAAGGUAAAGCAGCAACCAAGAAGCACGCUUUAACAAAGACGGCAGAAAUUACUGUUUCUAUUAAAUUCGCGUGUGUUGCUGAGGCUGCAAACGGUGAAUACCGUGCUGGGGACCGCUGGGAAAGAAACGCCCGACCAGAGAGAGAAGCCUUAAACAAAGAGGUCCGGGAGAUGAUCCGGUAACUUCACUACAAGGACCACGGUGGGUUCCCGCUUGGCAGCGAAGCUGGGAUGGAAAUUCUAUGAUGCAGACAAUUAUCAUCCUCUAGAGAAUAAAAAGAAAAUGGCAGGAGGAAUACCACUAAAUGAUGAGGACAGGAUUCCUUGGCUUUGUACAUUGCACAAUAUACUAAGGAGAGAAGACUCAUCCAGACAAGAUGCAAUUCUGGCCUGUUCUGCUCUGAAGAAGAUGUAUAGGCAUAUAUUAAUUAAUGGAGCACCUGCAAUUGAGACAGAGCAACCAGAAGAAAAACCAUCACUAAAGAUCCUAUUUGUUCAUUUGGAUGGGCCUAUAGACAUCAUUGCUGGCCGCCUGGAGAAGCGGAGGGGUCAUUUUAUGCCACCUCAACUUCUCAAGUCUCAGUUUGAUACUCUGGAGCCUCCUAGUGCACCCGAGAACUUCAUUACUGUCAGUCUAGAAAAACCUCUCCCUGAAAUAGUGCUAGAGAUUGAGAGCACCAUUUUUCAGGGUGAGGCAUUGGUGGAGUCAUUUUCUGAAUGACACAUAUAGAAAUUCUCUUGAGGAUAUCAAGGUUAUGAAAGAGGAUUUUAAUUAUUAAAUCGAUUAUUAAAUCAAACCAAUUUAUUAUUCAUUUACUUAAAUGGAUUGCAAUAUUAAGAGCUGGUUUACUACUCUUGGUUUUUUUUCAUCCUAGCUCUGUAAAAGACAUAAAAGGUAAAAUUUUCAAGAACUUUCAACUUUUUAAACCCUUCACUAUAUGAAGACAAAACUCUCAUUUUAGUAAGAACCCUAAAAUGGAAGUCAAGACUCCCAUUUUAGCAAGAGCCAGGAAAAUCCUGCCAAGGUCACAGAGAAUAAUUUAUUUUCUUUAAUUUUAAUGUUUACUCUGUCAGACAUGGAGAUGGGCACAUCUGCUAUUACGAGAUUAAGUAAUUUACAGCUUUGCCAGAAACAAUAUAUUUUUCUGGAAGAGGCAGGAGUAUGCAUGAUGUUCCUACACCACCACUGUCUCACUGCCAGAUUUUCAACAAGUUGCAGCCUCUGCAUUUGUGACCUUGCCGACCUCACCAGAGCACUGAUGACAUCAUGAGAACUUUCAUGAACUCUUACUGUAUGCACUGAACACCAAGCUAAAAUAUGUGAGAAAAAAAAGGCAGUGGUGGUGACAUAAUAUACAAAAUACAAUUGUAUAGACAGCUUUGGAAAUAAAGUAUAAGUGGCAUCAUGCUGGCUCUGAA